AUCGACUUAUUCACACUACACACUACUAAGUGGAGGACGCUUCUUCUCUGUAUAUAUUUCCCACUCUCAAUGUCUAAGCACAUUACUUACAAAUUUAAUUCACUUCUCUUUCUCAUUUCACAGCCACCAUCUAUAAUCCCCUUCUCUGUUUGAUUAUUUGUUAGUAAAAAGUCAGAGAUGGCAAAAUCACCAGAAACAGAACACCCGGUCCAGGCUUUUGGCUAUGCUGCCAGUGACACUUCCGGAACUCUUGCACCAUUCAAGUUCUCCAGAAGAGCAACGGGGGAUUAUGAUGUGAGGUUCAAAGUACUGUAUUGUGGAGUGUGUCAUUCAGAUCUUCAUAUGGUGAAGAAUGAAUGGGGAAUGACCACCUAUCCUAUUGUUCCUGGGCACGAAAUUGUUGGUAAAGUAACUGAAGUGGGGAGCAGAGUAGAAAAAUUUAAGGUUGGCGACAUAGUUGGGGUAGGUUGUUUGGUUGGAUCUUGCCGUUCAUGUGAGAUCUGCAAUGAUAAUUAUGAGAAUAAUUGUGCAAAGCAAGUACAGACCUAUUCUUUCACCAACAUUGAUGGAACCAUAACAUACGGAGGAUAUGCUGACUCUAUGGUUGCAGACCAGCACUUUGUUCUUCGUUGGCCUGAGAAUUUGCCUCUCGAUUCUGGUGCUCCUCUACUAUGUGCGGGGAUUACAACUUACAGUCCCCUCAGAUACCAUGGACUAGAUAAACCUGGUACAAAGGUAGGUAUUGUAGGUUUGGGCGGUCUCGGACAUGUAGCUGUGAAGAUGGCAAAAGCUUUUGGUGCUCACGUUACAGUUAUAAGUACUUCUGCAAGCAAGAAGCAAGAAGCAUUGGGAAAACUUGGUGCUGAUGAGUUUUUGGUUAGUAGUGACACUGACCAGAUGCAGGCUGCCGUGGGCACACUACAUGGUAUUAUUGAUACUGUUUCUGCCGCUCACCCUGUGGUACCGUUGCUUGAGCUAUUAAAGCUUAAUGGUAAGCUUGUCAUGGUUGGUGCACCAGAGAAACCUUUGGAGUUACCGGUGUUUCCAUUACUUAUGGGAAGGAAGGUUCUUGCUGGGAGUAAUAUCGGUGGACUGAAGGAGACACAAGAAAUGCUUGAUUUUGCAACACAACACAACAUAACUGCCGAUGUUGAGGUUAUCCCUGUGGACUAUGUGAACACUGCAAUGGAGAGACUUGUGAAAUCUGAUGUCCGAUACAGGUUUGUCAUCGACGUUGCCAAUACGUUGAAAACUGAAUGAACAUUAGAAUGAUGUUAUUCAUCAUGUAACCAUCUCCUUGCCCUAUCCUAUAUAUUAUAUUCCCUCCAUCCCAAAUUAGAUGAGCUAGUUGACUUUAGGCACGUAACUUAAGAUGCAUUGACCGUAUAGUUCUGAAAUUUAUUUUUUUAGUUUUUCUUUUGUAAAUAAAAAUUUCAUAUUUAAAUUUUUAUUUGCAAAAAGAUAAUUCAAAAACAAGGAAUAUAACUAUGCGGUCAAUGGACUUUAAAGUGCGUGCCCGAAAUCAACGAGCUCAUCUAAUUUGGGAUGGAGGGAUAAUAAAUUAUCACACACAUUCUCUUUCUCUCUCUACUUUAUAUUGUCCUUUAAUGAUGAAGGAACACAUCUAAUAAUAAAAUAUUAAAUAUAUAGUUGGGAUAAAUCA